CAUAGCCAUCUCCGCAAUCCAACACCCACUUCCUACAUAAUUCCCUCCCACUUUGAUCUCUGCAGUAAACCCAUCUCCCUUUACUCGCUAGUUUGUUUCCUCAUCUGCACUGUGUUGUUGUUGUUGCCUGCAAUCCUCCUGUUGCCAUGGCAUCUAUCGUUGCCGCUACCACCGUGGUGGCACCCACUGCCUUCGCUGCUGCCUCCUCGGCUGUGUCCACCUCGGAGUCCUCCUCCGUCAAGGCCUUCUCUGGCCUCAAGAGCAACACCUUGUUCUCCAGCAAGGCCCAAACCUUGAGCUCGGUCCAGAAUGGUAGCCGCGUGCAGUGCAUGCAGGUGUGGAACCCCAUCGGCAUGACCAAGUUCGAGACCUUCUCCUACUUGCCCCCACUGUCUGAUGACGCCAUCGCCAAGCAGGUGGAGUACAUGAUCCAGCAGAAGCUCAUCCCCUGCCUCGAGUUCGACGUGAACGCCAACGGUGUGUCCCGCACCAACAACUCAUCCCCCGGAUACUACGAUGGUCGCUACUGGACCAUGUGGAAGCUGCCCAUGUUCGGGUGCAAUGACUCUGCCCAGGUGUUGAGGGAGAUUGAGGAGUGCAAGAAGACCUUCCCCGGCUGCUUCGUGCGCGUGUUGGGCUUCGACAAUGUCAAGCAGGUCCAGAUCUGCGGUUUCUUGGUCGCCAGGCCCAACUAAGCCGUUUACUGGUCCUAUCUCAUGCGGUUAUUAGGUAGUUUUGAGGUCUUGUCUCCUGUUGGUUCAUGUACAAUACCAGCCGUUGGCUUUUGUAUAUGAGAUUUCUCUCCGAUCUUGACUCUUAUCCUCUCAACACUGCUCUGUAUCUCAGUAAUACUUAACCCAACGCCCUAGCCUAUCAGCGUUUCAAGCAUUGAAUCAUUCAAAAACUAUACAGGGCCAAAAUAAAAUAAAUUUUAAUUGUUAA